GUCUGGUUACGGUCACAGUCCACGGCGAUCUCGUGAUUCAGUCCGUGAGCGUGACGUCGCCGCAGUAAAAGGAGCAGGAGCACGUGGUGUGAACAUUGGAGACCGUUAUAAUAAGACAUAGCGGAUUUGAUUCACUUCCUCGUUACUUACGUCAGGACCCUGCGCGUUCCGUUUUAGUCGAAGCGCCCCGAAAUGUCCACGGACCGCACGAGCCCCGUAAACACAGCGGUGCCUGUGCCUGUCAAGGCCGAAGGACGUCUGCUGUCGGUGGAGUUGAGGUGGUGGCGACAUUUGUAAGACACUGAGCGUCAGUUUUUGGGGGAUGGAAAGUCCAAUGUACCCUAACGGAGACUUGGCUGGAGCUGCUCCUGUUCAUAGCUCCGGGGGGAACUCUUGUCUGAAGAACAACCGCUGCCUGAUUCCGCCACAAUACCGAAAUGAGCUCGUGCAGCUUAUUAAACUGGCGGGACCAGUGGUCAUUUCUCAGCUCAUGGUCUUCAUGAUCGGUAUCAUCAGCAUGGUGUUCUGUGGUCACUUGGGGAAAACUGAACUAGCAGGAGUAUCGCUUGCAUCAGCGGUGGUGAACAUCACUGGUAUUUCCAUUGGCACCGGAUUGUCAGCCGCAUGUGAUACCCUCAUCUCCCAGACGUAUGGGAGUGGAAACUUGAAGCGUGUCGGGGUGAUUCUCCAGAGGGGGAUUCUGAUUCUGCUGCUGGCCUGUUUCCCCUGCUGGGCCGUCCUCAUCAACACUGAACCCCUCCUGCUCGCUGUCAAGCAGAGCCCAGAGGUCGCCAGUCUCGCCCAGCUGUAUGUGAAGAUCUUCAUGCCUGCUCUCCCUGCGGCGUUUAUGUACCAGCUACAAGGGAAGUAUCUACAAAAUCAGGGAAUUAUGUGGCCUCAGGUUACAACUGGAGCAAUCGGGAAUGUGCUCAAUGCAAUCAUCAACUACGUCUUCCUCUAUCCUCUGGAGCUGGGUGUCGCUGGAUCUGCAGCAGCUAAUGCCAUCUCACAGUAUAUACUGGCUUUGUUCCUGUAUGUGUACAUCUGCUGGAGGGGUCUGCACAAAGCCACUUGGGGAGGCUGGUCACUAGAAAGUCUGCAGGAAUGGGGUCUCUUCAUCAAGGUGGCCGUCCCCAGCAUGUUCAUGAUUUGUCUGUCAUGGUGGAUAUUUGAAAUAGGAGGAUUCCUGGCUGGUUUGAUCAGUGAGGUUGAGCUGGGGGCUCAGUCCAUCACCAAUCAGCUGUGCGUCGCAGCGUCCAUGUUCCCACUAGGCCUCACGGUGGCAGCCAGUGUGAGAGUUGGGAAUGCUCUUGGUGCAGGAAACAUAGAGCAGGCCAAGCUGUCUUGCAAAGUCCCCAUCAUCUGUGCAUUCACAGUUGCCUGUUUUGUUGGAGCUAGUCUCAGCGUCGCCAGAAACGUCAUUGGAUACAUUUUCACCUCAGAGCUCUGCAUCCUGCUGGGGAUGGCUGUUGUCAUCAAGGAGUGUCAUUGCUAUGGGUGGGGAGACAUCGUCCAGAGGGUUGCUGAUGUCAUGCUCAUAUGUAGUUUCAUGCAUGUCUGUGAUGCCACUGCGGGAGUGGCCGCAGGUGUUCUCAGAGGAGCAGGAAAACAGUUGAUCGGUGCUCUGUUUAAUUUAGUGGGUUUCUACUUCAUCGGCUUCCCCAUUGGCGUGUCCCUUAUGUUCGCAGCAAAUAUGGGGAUCGUAGGACUAUGGACAGGACUUGUCAUUUGUGUAUCACUGCAAGCCACCCUUUUCAUCACAUUUUUAUGGAAGCUUGAUUGGAAAAAGGCUGCGGAAGAGGCUCUCAUAAGAGCAGGUGUCCAGAUCUCUGAAGAAAAAGAGAUGGUUGAGUUGGAGCACACGGAUUUAAAUUCAAGCCAAGACCAAGAGGGGAGCACAGACUUGGACGUACGCAAUCCAGGCCAAAGAGAGUUCACCGUUACCACAGUGGGAGACGUGCUGUCGGUAAAGCAGCUGGUUGUUUGGCGUGGACUAGCUCUGUUGAUCAUGAUCAUCAUCCUUCUUGCUGGAAUUAUUGCCAGCAUUUUUCUGGUGAGGAUGUUAAAAUGAUGCGUCCUCACUGAGAAUCAACUACAGACACUCUCACCCUUAUGCCAAGACUGUUUCCCUUUCCACUACAAAGCAAACCACAAAGAGCCAAAGCAUCCAGCGGUCCAUUUCCACUGGUUAUUUCUAGUGUCUGGUCCAGUUGAAACUUAAGACACAUGCAUUUUUGUCUGCCUUGAACAUUUCAGUUUUUUUUUUUUAUCUUUAUUUUGUGAGCAAACCAAAGUAGGGCUGAAAUACAAGCAAAUGGUUCAUUUACAUUUGACAUGCAGCAUUAUGAAUGAAUAUGGAUGAAUGGCAAACCAAACCAUCAACAAAAUGUUCAUAUCACCUGUAUCUGGGCCAAAUGUUAUCCAACAAGCAGCUAGGACUUACUUUCUAGUAAUGAGACUCUAGUUAGGCGACAAGUGGCAGUAGUGUGUACUCGUCAUUCAAAAGGGAAAAUUAGGAAAAGCUACAAGCUGCCGUGGGAAACUUCCCUCUCCUGAAUCAGUUGAUCUUCAGACUCUCAACCUCUUGAUUUGCAGUGGUUUGCUGAACUGAUAAGCAAAUCAGAGUGAUCUUUCUCACCUAUUUGCUCAAUUACAUAUUGAAGGUACUGAAUUGGGCAAAAUGUUGACGCAGACAGCAGUAAAUCAGGGGUGGCAGAAGAGUAACAUCAUUGCACUUAUUCUUGUCAUUUCUUUACAGCAAAAUGUCUUUGAUUAAUUGUUGGACUAUCCAGUGGUUUGCAGAGGUAUAUUUUCUCUGUUUUGGUUGAAGCUAAAUGAAAUCCAAACCUGUUACCAGGCUCAUAUUCUCAUAUGAUAUGUGAGCUCGUGUUUGUACUUUUUAUUGUUAUUCUGUUUGCUCAUUUAUUACACUGAGCAAUUUAUUUGUGUGAUUGUGAGCAAAGAUGCUCCACGAUAAAACACUUGAGCUAGACAACCAUGAAGAGGGCCCAGAACAAGCAGCUGUCAAAUAACCCAAUUUAGUGCUGACUGUAAGUUAUCAGACUAAAUCAUGCCUGAUGUGCUGCACAAUCAUGAGCCAAGGCCAGCGCAGAUCUCAGCAGUUCACCGUAGAGAAAACAGGGCAUGUUAUCCACCAGGACUUAGCUCAGACUUGGACACGAGUGGAGAUGACAUUUGCCCCACUCAGCUCCACCCCUGUUGUUUCAUUAUUUUUUGUCACUUCUUUUCCUCACAUGUCCUCUUGGGUUCAGAUGCGUGUUUCUUUGUAUCCUGAAUGUUGAAAAUUAACCUGUGCACGGUGUACGACACUGGCGAUCACGAAUGAAUGACCAUACAAGUUAUGUAUUGCAACCUGCAUCUCCUGCAGCAGUUUAAAGUCUGUCACUUGGAUUAUGCUCUUUGGUGUCUGUGACAUAACGGUUUCCACGUGAAAAUAUUUAAAUCUAUCCAUGAAAUAAAAACACAUUUGGA